AAGAAAAAAGGGAAUCAAUCCCAGAAGGGAAAAACGAUGUAAUCGAGCCCCGGAAGAAACUGAAAUGAGAUGAAGUCAGCGGUGUCAUCACUUGUUAGGUCCAACAAUUCUCUCAUCUCACGCACCCUUCUUUAUCACUCAUCAAAACCCAUUUCUCAAUCACCUUUCUUCCUUUCAAAUAUCCCCAAAAAUCUCUUCAAUCAACGAUAUCAAAAGCUCCAAUUCAGCCCCAACUCAACAUCCAUAAUGGCAUCACUUUCCAAGUCUGAACAAGCCAGGGAACCCCCUGCUCUUCCUCUUCCAUCACCUCCUCUCACCAAGUUCAAGAUUGGGCUUUGUCAGCUGUCAGUGACACCUGAUAAAGAGAGGAACAUAAAGCAUGCUAGGAAGGCCAUCGAGGAGGCUGCUCAAAAGGGUGCUCAGCUUGUUCUCUUGCCUGAAAUAUGGAACAGUCCAUAUUCAAAUGACAGCUUCCCGGUUUAUGCUGAAGAUAUCAAUGCAGGUGGUGAUGCUUCUCCUUCAACAGCUAUGCUGUCUGAAGUUGCUAGUCGCCUGAAGAUCACAAUAGUAGGUGGCUCUAUACCCGAACGCUGUGGUGAUAAGUUGUACAAUACUUGUUGUGUCUUUGGUACUGAUGGAAAGCUGAAAGCCAAGCAUCGCAAGAUUCACCUUUUUGAUAUCGAUAUUCCUGGGAAGAUUACCUUUAUGGAAUCCAAAACCCUUACUGCAGGGGAGACUCCUACUGUUGUGGACACAGAUGUUGGGCGGAUUGGUAUAGGCAUCUGUUAUGACAUUCGCUUUACUGAAUUAGCGAUGAUAUAUGCUGCAAGAGGUGCUCACUUGAUAUGCUAUCCUGGAGCAUUUAACAUGACAACCGGACCAUUGCAUUGGGAGUUAUCGCAGAGAGCAAGGGCUAUGGAUAAUCAGUUAUAUGUUGCAACUUGUUCGCCUGCUCGAGAUCCUGGAGCCGGUUAUGUGGCUUGGGGUCACUCAACCCUUGUAGGACCUUUCGGAGAAGUCCUAGCUUCAACUGAACAUGAAGAAGACAUAAUAAUAGCCGAGAUUGAUUACUCGAUACUCGAGCAACGAAGGGCGAGUCUUCCCUUCACGAAACAACGACGAGGAGAUCUUUACAAGCUGGUGGACAUACAGAGGCUCAACUCCCAUUGAUAUAAAGAGAGGAGAAAAACCUUGUGAUGAAACUCAUUGAUGUAAGAGUUUUCAUUAGAGUUCUAUUUAAGAGUCCUUGACUCGAUUAAUAGAACUCAGUAGCCAUUGAGUUGAUUGCUGCAAACUCAUGUUAGACCAAUAAUGAUUUGCUAAUUCAGAGGGAUGGUUGCAGAUGAGAAUGUGCAUUCUUAGUUUAUGUUAUCCGGAUUUUUCUUUUCCUGAACUUGGAUAUGAGAAUAUAACCUAACCGUACCGAAGUA